GUCUCUCUCUCUUUCUGUUGCCAUGGCUGUUCGAGGGCUGCUUCUCGCAUUCACAUCUGCCUUGGCUUUCGCCGGAGCUUUUGAUUUUGUACUUUCCUACGAUCGCCCACCGGCGAGGAAGUCCCUCUUUGUGCGACUUUCGGAAGAUGUUGAUUCUACUUCACCACAGCAGGACAUGAAACCCACACCUUUAAGUUGUUGAAAUUCAGUUUCGUGUAUGUUGGGCCCCAACUGUCGCAGAUAUGUACAAGACUGAGGUCCAACGAUGAAUCCUGUUUUUGAUAAGGGUGCAUAUAUCUCUGGUCGGAGAAGACAAGAUGAGGAUUUCGUGGAUUACAGAAGACCCAACUCCGGCGACUGUAAACUACGGCACAUCGCCGGGAAAAUAUGGGUUUUCCGCAAGUGGGAGUACGUCUUCAUACCAGUAUGUAAUGUACCAGUCCGGUGAAAUUCAUGAUGUAGUCAUCGGUCCAUUGAAGCCACAGACAAUAUAUUACUAUCGUUGUGGCUCCGAUUCAGCCCCCGAGUUCAGUUUCAAAACUCCACCACCUCAAUUGCCUAUCAGAUUCGCCAUUGCAGGUGAUCUUGGACAGACAGAGUGGACUAGCUCCACCCUUGAGCACAUUUCACAAUCAAACUACGAUGUGUUGUUGCUACCAGGGGACUUGUCCUAUGCCGAUACAAACCAGCCAGUAUGGGACUCAUUCGGCCGACUGGUUCAGCCCCUAGCAAGCCAGCGGCCAUGGAUGGUGACUCAAGGUAACCACGAAAUCGAAAAAAUACCCAUAAUACACUCCGAUACCUUCACAUCCUACAAUGGAAGAUGGCACAUGCCAUUUGAAGACAGUGGUUCCGACUCGAAUUUAUACUAUUCCUUUGAUGUUGCUGGUGUUCAUGUGAUCAUGUUGGGUUCGUACACUGAUUUUGGUUCAAGCUCGGCUCAGUAUGGAUGGCUUAAGGCAGACUUGAAGAAGGUUGAUAGGAAGAAAACACCAUGGGUGGUGGUGCUCAUCCAUGCGCCUUGGUACAAUUCUAAUACCGCUCAUCAAGGGGAGCGCGAAUCAAUUGACAUGAAGGCGUCCAUGGAAGAUUUGCUCUAUGGAGCUCGUGUUGAUGUCAUUUUUGCAGGGCAUGUUCAUGCCUAUGAGCGCUUUACUCGGGUUUACAAGGGACAAGCUAACAAUUGUGGUCCAGUGCAUAUCACCAUAGGAGAUGGUGGCAACCAUGAAGGCCUCGCCACCAAGUUCUUAGACCCACAACCAAACAUUUCGGUUUUCAGGGAGGCCAGUUUUGGGCACGGGGAACUUGAGGUUGUGAAUGCAACCCAUGCUCAGUGGACGUGGCAUAGGAACGACGACGAUGAACUAGUUGCAUCUGAUACAGUCUGGUUAAGAAACCUUACAUCUGACCCAGCUUGUGAAGUGUAAAAUUUAAUUUAAAGAACUAUCUCCAGAAAGAGUUAUAUUUUAUGUAUACCGUUAGUUGUGAGCUAUCUUGUAUUCAGUUUAUGGCUUUAAUUUUGCUUACUUUUUGUAUUUGUUUUUAAAAUAUUGAUGAUUAGAGGUAAUAUGAGAGUCAACGGUUUUUAGUCAUAAAAAAUAAUCUCUCCAC